AUGUGUGCGGCAUCGGCCAUCGGAGUCAGAGACCCGGAGCUGGAGAGCGCUCGCAGCCUGUGCCGAGACAUACAGCACCGGAAAGACCUGGUCAACAAGCUGCGGAAGGCGACCGUGGGGGCGGGCACGUGCCUCGAAGAAGGUGGGGACCCAGUGCCCCACCUCGAGGCGUUGGACCCCAUACUGGCCGAGCUUCGAGAGCUGGAGACUACCGUCAAGAAGGCUCCCACGGAAGAGGUUGAUGACGCCAGGGCUAUCCGGCAGGAGCUUAAGCACCUACAGGAGGCGCCGGUGCUGCAGGCGAUGGAGAAGGAAAUGGCCAGGGAGAAGCCGGACAUGGGUACCCUCAGGUCUUUGAUCGCCAUGGCUUCGGACGAAGUCGGGGUUGAGCUUGGCACGGAGACGGUGGACAGGUGCAAGGCGGCCCUGCAACGAGCGGAGGAGCUCCAGGCCGAGGAAAAAGCCCCUGCCGAUGCGGAACAGGCUAACGUGAUCCAGGAACCCCACCUGGAGGAACAGGAAGAGGCGGCCAGGGCAACGGCUGCGGCUGCCCUGGAAGCCCAAAAAAACGCGGCGGCCGCGGCAAGGGCGGCGGUGGAAGCUGAAGAAACUGUUAACCUUGCCGGGAUGUUCCCUCUCCUCCUUGUGGAACGUACGGCUGUAUGUAGCCUGGGCCGGCGAAAACCCGCCGUGCAAGAGGGCUCCUUCCGACAAGCUCCGGCCACGGUGCAAGCCCUGGCUCGCUUCAGGCCGGAACCGAAGGCGGACCCGGUGGACGUAGCACGGGAGAUGGACAUUCUCGUGCCCGGGGCCGUCGCGAACGCCAUCCGCAUGGACGACCACAAGGGCCGCGGCGGAUCCGCGGUGCUCCAGGAAUCGCUGGAGCGGUUGAUGAGGGACGCGCAGAUGAACGGGAUCAGGCAGAUCCCCCGCGAGCCCGCGGCAAAGCCCCAGGCCACGCCGUCGCCCCCGAAAGAGGAAGGGAAGGAGGACUAUCCCUACAGGCACAUCCCGCUGUACACGGCGAACGUUCGGAUUGGGCAUCGCACGGGCCUGCACAUGACCAACUUCGAGCUGCUCGAGGCUCUCAAGAAGGGCACGAAGCUGCUGAAGGUGACGAAGGGCCAUUUCAGCAAGAGGAGGACCGUGGUGAAGUGGGUCAGCGUUAGCGACGACCUGACCAAGCUGAGUUGGUCGAACGACCUCAAGAACUCUUCGGGCGCGAAGUCGAUGGACCUGAGGGCCACGGGCAGUAACGCCAUCACGGGCAUAACGGUCGGACUGGAAACCCCGAUUCUCAUCAAGGAGUGGGAGAGCUCCCCAGCGAAGAGCCGGCUUCCGUCGGAGUGGUGCUACUUCUCGCUACACACGCCCUCGAGGACCUACGACUUCGGCAGCGAGGAUGCGAGUGUGGUGCUGCUUUGGUGCAUCGGCCUCUCGGCGAUCAUCCCCGAGGCGGGAAGAAAGCCUCCGCUCUGUCAGGCGCAGAAGACUUUCGCGAGGAAGAUCGACCACCGGGCUACGGACGAGGAACCCGUCCCUCUGUGCCCCCUCCUGUGGCCGGUGGCAAGACAGGUCGCUUCCGCGGCGAACGACCUGGGCAUCAACGACCCGUGCUACCGCCAUCAGUGGUGGUCCGCCGUGGAGCUUGUCGAGUCCCCCCUCCCGGACGGGUUCGGCAGGGUCGUACGCGAAGACGGGACGCUGGCCUACCGCUACCCCAAGUCUUCGGAAACCCCGGGGAAAAUCGGGACUCAUCCCCUGCUCCAGGACUACAUGGACAAGAUCGACUACGAUAGCAAGCUGUCGACCUCGCAUCUCCGGAGAUCUUCGAGGGACACCAGGCGUAGCUCGGGGGGGCAGGCCUUGGCCGCGUCGCACCCCAUCAGGUGCUUCGUGUCGUGCUUCAGGGGGGACUUGACGGCCAUCAGAAGGUUUGCGAUGGAGGGGGGCGACGUGGAUUGCCGUUACGAGGACGCAUACGAGAGGCCCUGGACAGUGGCCAUGGGAGGGCCGGACUUCUCAUGGGCGGAGCCGGGCCUGGGAACCAACCCGCUCAACUACACCCUUGCCUUCUGCGACAUCAUCGGCGUGGAGACGGCGGCCGGCGUGGUGGCGACGCUGCUCGAGCUGGGCGCCGACGUGAACAGGGACGACGGGGACCCCGAGGUCCGGUACACUCCUCUGCACAGCGCCGUGGCCAACGAGGCCCCCGGCCUUGUGCGGACCGUUCUCCAGCACGGCGCUCGUGUCAACACCCCGCGGGGAGACCGGCGGAUCCCCCUGCACACGGCCAUGCGCCUGCCCCCCGGGCAAAAGAAGCUGGCCAUCAUAGCCACGCUCCUGGUGGUUGGCGCAGACAUUGACCGCCCAGAGCCGUUCCAGGGCAACACCCCCCUGCACAUGGCGUGCAAGAUGGGCGACCUCCGCACGGUCGAACUGCUCCUCGAGGCGGGCGCGGACAUUUCGGUAACGAACGGCGGGCAGCGAACAGCGAGCGAGCUGGUCCGGGUGGAGAUCUCGGAGCUCGAGGCCUACACGGAUGAGCUGACGGCGGACAUGGCUCAAGAGGAGGGAGAGGGCGGAGGAACCUACAAGGGAUCCGUUGACAUGAAGGCGGAGCUGGGCCGAACGCAGUCCAAGGUGGAGAAGAUCCGCGAGAUCGCGGGGGUCAUGGAGGAGUGGGUCCCUUCGGAAAACGACGAGGACGUUCUCGACGACCUCGACCCUGCCACGGCCAUGAUGCCCGCCGACAGCUCCCAGCUCUCAUCCCCCCUCGAGGAAGAGGAGGAAGAAGGAGGAGGAGAACCAGACCAAGAGGCGGAGGAUGGAGUGGACGGAGAGGAGAUAAGCUCCCUUACGAACGGCGUCGCGGGGGUGGCGUUGGAGGAGGACGGGGCUGGCGGGGGCGAGAAGCCGCCGCCGCCGCCUCCCGACUAUGAGGAUCUGUUGCCGCCAGCGCCGGUGAACGGCGAGGGUAGUGCUGCUGCUGUUGAGGGCGACGGGGGCGACGCAGUCGACAAGGUUGCAGAGGGGGGGGUGGCGACCCCGGACGGGAGCGAUGCGCACUUGGAGAAGGCCGCCGCCGGUAGUGCCGCGCCCGUAUCGGCCUGAGGGUUGCUGCGAUGACGGCUGUCGCUCGUUUAAACCGAAAGGUGUUUUAGGGAUAUGGGUGGGGGAACUCCGUAGAUAGGUUUGGUUGGUUGGUCGUUGGUUAGGGUUUGUUAACUUUCCUUGUUGUCCAUUUGUUGCCCCCCCACCUCCCCUUGGUACAUGUAGCAGUUGUUGCACUUGUUCUAUUAUAGUAGCGUGCCGGUCCAGUUUUUUCUAGUCGUGCCAUUUUUUGCUUGCAUGCGGGGGAGGGAGGGAGGAAGGGGAUUGAUAGCGUCACCCCCUUUCCUUGUCGGGGUCCUUUCAGUCCCGUUAUUUUUUCAGUUCGGAAGAGGGGGGUCCCCGAGGUUGGGAACGAGGGACCAGAGUAGGAGGGUUUUCGUGUGAUUUCGUUGUACCACAGUUUUGGGCAUUUGAAGUAGGAGAAGGUGGCGUUUUUUUUUUUUUUUGCGCUGGGUUUGUUGGUUUGGUUUCUUGGCGUUGGCUUGGCGUGCCGCUGUCUGUUGGGGCACUUUCAACAUCCGUGCGCGCUAGUGAGGGGGACGAAAUAAGGAAGUCGUGGGAUAGGGGGUAGACUCAGGUCUUGGGGAGGGGGGUUGGGCUCAGGCCUCAGGAAGUUGAUGGCCCUCUUUCUGUUGCCGGCAAACGAAUAGCCAUUAUCCAGAUGCGACUCUCUUUGUGAUAUCUCCUCAGGGUAUGUAGGUUUGCUGGCCGGUGUGGAGAUAGGAGGUAGAGGGGAGGAUGUAGCGGGUGGUGCUAAAUAGAAGCAGAGUAUUUCACAUCCUAAAGCUAGUCGGGGGUUGCGGGGGGUUGGGGGGGCGGGGGCGGGGGAGGCAUGUACUGAGCAUCCAGCACUGCAGAACAAUGUGUCCUCCUCCACUGUAUGUGGUGAUAUGUACACGCAAGGAACAGUCCGAGGAAGAGCGCGCGAGAAUGAACAUAAACAAGACCAAAACACCGACUGCGUGGGCAACCGUUUUGUGUGCCCAGAGACGACGGAGACGACGGCCAGUGGCAGCGAACCGGACGUUGUGCAGUGAUCGUGAAGGGGCCGCGCGCUGUGAGCUGUGGUUGGUGGCAGGCAUUCCGCUUGCCAACUUGACGUUGCAGGACGAGCGGGAAAUGCCGCACCCGUUACUGGGGAGCACUAUUUUUUUGUUGCCCGGCACGUCGGUUACGCUUGUCUUGUGCGAUUGGUUCGGUCGUAGGCAUUGGUUUCGAAACCUUCCUUCGUUCCUUCUUUCCUUUUCCUUUUUUUUUUUUUUCUUCGCGUUUUUUUUCGUGCGACUUGCCUUGGGUUUCGAGGCGCACCGAAGGCGUUUAGAAAGACAAUUUCUUGCCGUACGAGCGGUGCCGCACUGUGCCUCCCGUAGGCUGAGGCACCGGCAGUACGCAGCAGCAGCAGCAGCAGCAGCAGCAGCAGCAGCAGCAACUCAACAAAGGAUGGCAACAAUGAAGUGCAGGUGGGCCACGGACCGCUUGGGAUUGUGCGGGGCCCCCUCGCUUGCUGUGCGAGAGGCAAAACAGAAUCAAUCGUCGGGGGGCCAAACGGGGGUGUAUGUAGUGGAGGGGUCGCCACGUUUGCGGGGCCGCCUCUUCGCAUUGCGCACGAUGAUACAUACGCAUGUUUUCGUUGUUUUUGUUGGUUGGUUGUUCGUUUUGUUUUUGCAAAACUCUUUUUAGUGAUUUUGGUCGUUUUUUUCGUUGGUCGUUGAUGAGCGAAGAAGGUCAUUGAAGGGUGUUCGGAAAGGCCUUGAGCAGAGACAGACUCCGAACCGCGGCUUUUGACGGGACUAGACGCGUGUGUACGUUCUGGUUCCUCCGUAUGAUAGUGCUACCUGCUACACAGUAUUGAGUGUCGAUUGGCUUCGUGUCGUCACCCAUGAGCAAGGUUUGUUUACUCUGGCCUCUGUUGGCGGGCACGUUCAGUACAACGUUACUC